AUGAAUGCCCGCCUAUAUAUUGCGUCCGCGUGCAUUCUUCAGAGUCUGCAGUCUGCACGCACCAACAUGGCACACUCAGCUCUCUCGUCUCCGUUCUCUCCGCCCGGCCGCCUCGUCGAGGUGCCGCCGUCGAACAUCGGCGAGCAGCUCCUCCGCCUCCUGGAAAGCAAGGAAGGCGCCGACGUCACCUUCCUCGUCGGCAGCCUCGAGUUCGCCGCGCACACGCUUGUCCUCUCCGCCCGCUCGCCGGUCUUCCGCGAGACGUUCUUCCAGCAGAAGCAGCAGCAGAAGAACAGCGUGCGUGUGGACGGUGUGGGGGAGGCCGCCUUCGCGGCGCUCCUCCACUUCGCCUACGCCGACGCGCUGCCCGCGACGACGACGGCCGAGCUUCUCGUCGCCGCCACCGGCGACGCCGCAGUCGGUGCGAGGAUGGAGGCAGCGGGCGACCUGAUCGCCGCGGCCAACAGGUACGGCAUGGAUAGGAUGCGGCUGCUGUGCGAGCGCGCGCUAUGCGAGGCUAUCGUCAGUGCGGACGCCGCGGCCGCCACGCUCGGGCUCGCCGUCCGGCUGCGCUCCGCCCAGCUUAAGGCUUUCUGCGUCGACUACCUUGCCUCACCGGGAGUGCUGAAGGCAAUGAUGGGCACUGACGCGUACGUGUCGCUCAAGGAGCUCUGUCCCGAUGUUCUGGUCGAGAUCAUGGAGAAAGUCGUGACCGAGCUCCUCCUAGUGCAGGCUAAUGGCAAUGGCAACGGCUCGUCGCCUGCUCCAACCCAGCGUCCAAAUCAUGGCGGCAGGUUCAGUGAUGAUACGUGUUACGAAGUACUCACUGGGCGCUUUGAAGAGGACGAUUUCGUCCAUGAGCUGGGUAUUCCUUGCGACUUUUAUGUUAGGGAAGAAAAUACAUAUCCGUUGGAGUGA